UGGAGUCAAUGUCAAGAAACGCAUAUUGCCCAGUGGCCUGAAUUAUGUAACUGUAAAGCCUUCACCUCAUACAGGCAAAGAUCUCGGAGACUGUGUCCCUGGCAAGCCUCUGCUUUCACCUUCUGGAUUUUAUUAUCAGGACCAGUGGAUGUCAACAAGCUGUAACACCCGACGUUUUGACACUCCUGCAAGUAUCACAGACUGCCUCCGCGGAAAAAAUGUUCAUAUUCAUGGAGAUUCCACUAUACGUCAGUGGUUUGAAUAUUUGACACAGUUUGUGUCAGGUCUGAGGAAGUUUGAUCUUGGCAAUUCUAAAAAUACUGGCCCACAUCUUGCUUUGGAUAUAGACAACAAGAUCAAGGUGGAAUAUUAUGCUCAUGGCCCACCGAUUCGAAUCUUCCCCAUUUCAAAUCAGGACCUACCAUUCAUCGCAAAUAAACUGGAUGAUAUUAAAGGUGGAAAGAACACUGUUAUAGCCUUCACCAUUUGGUGUCAUUUCAACACUUUUCCAGUUGAACCAUACAUCCGAAGGCUCCAGAAUGUCCGCAAGUCAAUUCUACGAUUGCUGGGAAGGAGCCCAGAUACAGUGGUUGUAAUAAAAACUGCCAAUGUCCAGGCCCUUCCACGGGAAGUCAGUCUCUACAACAGUGACUGGUAUUCCUAUCAACUUGACUUAGUGAUGAGAAAGAUGUUUGAGGGCAUCAAAGUGGCAUUUGUAGAUGCCUGGGAGAUGACGCUAGCACAUUACCUGCCUCAUGAAUUACACCCCAGGAGGAUCAUUAUAAAGAAUGAAGUAGAUGUGUUUCUUUCAUAUGUGUGUCCAUUGUAA